GCCACGUGUUGUGGGUGAGAUUUAGAUUGAAGGGACGUGCCUGACACAAAUCCCCUCGCGUCUGGUCGCAAAUCAAAGGCAAUCCAUCUCUCAAUCCUCAAAAGGCCUCGCGAUCUCUUAACGCCACCCAUCACUCGCUUUUCCACAUCUCCACACGAUCCUGCGUCCUGUGUCUCUGUUGACUUGGUCCUGACUCGCCCACUUCAUUGCAAUCCAUCGCACACGCGCACUCUCUCGCUCUCUAGCAUGGCCCAGCGCCGCAUGAGCAACCGCCGCACCGAGCGGCCGCGGCGCCUCUCUAUGGACUUGCACCUGACCUCGGCGGUCAAGCGCGAGGUCGUGUACUCCGCCGCCGACCUCGACUCGCCAUACGGGCCUUCUGAUCCUUCGGCGCCGACGACGCCAAACGGGCAUCCUCUCACCAACCCCUUCGAGAGCCUGCUCAAGCGUCGGAGCCAGCCUACUCCGCUGCCUGUGCUUCAGAUCCUUCCUCUGUGCAUCGCGCGUAUGGCUGAAGGUCUUAUCUUCGCUGUCAUCUUUCCCUACAUCAACGAGAUGAUGCACGGGAUGGGUGUGCCCGAAGAAUCAGUCGGCUUGUGGUCCGCCACGGCCGAGUCGACCCUCAUGGUGACCGAGGCGCUCGCAGCUCCAUUCUAUGCCCCGAUUGCGGACAAGUUCGGCAGGCGGCCCGUGUUCGUUCCCCUCGUGUUUCUCUGGGGCGUCUUCUCCGUCGCGUUUGGAUACGCUUCCACACCAUCGGCCGCAGUGGGAUUGCGUGCAUGCCUGGGGUUGCUGGCAGGCGUUGGAGUGCUCUCGCGCACCAUGCUCGGCGAACUGUGCGAUAAGACGAACCGUGUGCAGGGCUUCGCAUUCUUUUCCCCGGCCCUCACGCUCGGCGUGACCAUCGCCCCUCUGGUCGGCGGAUUUCUGAGCCAGCCCGUCCCACGCCUGUUAUCGCCAUCAUUCACGACCCUCGUGGAGCAUCCCUACCUCCUACCUUCGGUAGUAGCCGGCAUGGUGGGGUUCGCAGCAGCCAUCUCCGCUUACAAGUUCCUUCCCGAGACACUUCCCCCGGCUCUGCGAAAGACAACCGCGCAGCGCCUUCAAACUGAGAAGACCGAAGCCGGUGGUUUCCGCGCGUUGAUGGCGUACAAGCGCUUCCAGAACGUACUGGUGCUGUAUGCGCUUUCGAAUCUCGUCAUGUUCUCGUGGGAGGCCAUCUUCCCCCUCUUUGCGUUUACAAGCAAGGAUCUCGGAGGACUGGGCCUUUCGACACCCCAGAUAGGUGUGAUUCUCUCCGUCAGCGCCGGACUGUCGAUCGCCAUGACCUCCAUCAUCUUCCCGCGCCUGCACAAGCGCAUGCCCGAGAACGACCUCCUCCGUUUCUCCGUAACGCUCUAUCCGCUCGCCGUCACCCUCUUCCCGGUGAUGUGGGGGAUGAGCGCGCACCUGCCCGCGGGCAAGUUGAGCGGGGGCAGCAUGCUCGCACUCGGCAUGCAGAUGCUCAUGCGGCGCGCGGGCGACUUUGCCGCGACACUACUCGACGCGAUCGUGCUGGACGCCAUCCCAGGGCCAGAGUAUCUGGCCAUGGCGAACAGCAUCACGUUCUCCAUCGCCGGCGUGGGGCGCGCUGUGGGGCCGUUCAUCGUCUCCUCCAUUUUUGCGAUGAGCACCUCGGCCCCCUCCGCCUUCUCCCUGCGGCGGCAGGCGGUGUGGGUCGCCUUCGUCCUCGUCUCGCUUCCGAGCGUGUAUGUCGCUCGCCGCCUGGAAAAUCACAGCCCCCAACAGUCAUCAGAGGAGAAGAGCGAGAUGGGGCUGAACGGGUCGGCACUCGACGACUAGUUGUAGCAUGUAGCAUGAAAUAGAUAUUCACAUGUACUACCCUAC